AUGGGACAGAGGUUGUCCUUAUUGGCACCAUCGGCUCCUACUGUUGCAAUAUCAUCUUACAUUGAUGCAUUGGAAAAUUAUCGGUAUAUUGAAUUACUAAAUAAUUCCAGAUUUUUAAAAACAAUUAAAGCUGUUAAUAAAGUAACAGGUCAAAUAGUCAUCAUAAAGCUACUAAUAAAACCGUCAACACCGAACUAUACGAUACAAUUACAAAAUGUUUUGGAACUACUAGUCAGACAGUCAUCAAUUCUAUACCCAUUCAGAAAUGUUUUGACGUGGCAUAAAUUACUUGAAACUGAUAGAGCUGGAUAUUUAAUUCGAGAAAUAGCGAAAAUCAAUCUAUAUGAUAAAUUAUCACUACGACCGUUUCUAGAACCAAUCGAAAAAUUGUCUAUAACAUUUCAAUUGUUGAAAGUUGUAAAUGAAUUGCAUUCUUUAAAUAUUCAUCACGGAGACUUGAGAUUAGAAAAUAUAUUAGUUACAUCGUGGAAUUGGAUACUAUUGUCAGAUUUUGCUAGUUUAAUCAAACCCACAUAUAUACCCGAGGAUAAUCCUAACCAAUUUCUGUUUUACUUUGAUAGCUCAGAUCGAAGAGUAUGCUACAUUGCCCCAGAACGAUUUUACAAUAGUCAAGACAAUCCAAAACAUGUACUGAAUAUCGAGGACAACGGAAAAUUUAAUUUAAAGAACAGCGUGACAGACGAAAUGGAUUUAUUCAGCUUAGGUUGCGUGAUUGCCGAAUUAUGGACAGAUGGUGAACCCAUUUUUACAUUAUCUCAACUUUUUAAAUAUAUAAAAAAUGACUACGUACCCGAUCUUUCAAGCAUUCAAAAUCCAUUAAUUAUUGAAUUGAUAAAAAAAUUAUUGAAAGUCAAUCCAAGUGAGAGAUCCAGUGCAAGAGAAUUGCUCGAAGAGUAUAGAGGUACUUGUUUUCCAGAGUACUUUUACACAUUUCUUUACGAGUUCAUGGACAACUUUAAUAACCUUGAGGAUAGUGAUGCGAAAUUGAAUUAUAUUUACGAAAACUUUGGUGAAAUUAGUAAAAACCUAAAUUUUGAAUAUACCGACUCAACUGAAGAAGAUGCUGUACUACCCGUUAGAUUAAAUUUACCAGGAAUGCCUUCUAAUUACAGGAUAAAACAAAAGAAAGAAACGGACGAUUCCGCACUUAUGGUACUAAAUAUGGUUUCAUCAUUACUCAGAACCCUCAAACAUGUUGAAUCAAAACAAAAAUUUUGUGUUUUAAUUUUAGCCUUGUCUGAACAAAUAAAUGAUGAGGCAAAACUAGACAGAUCAUUACCGUAUUUAUGCUCCAUAUUAGAUGAGUAUAUAGAAUCUCCUCACACGUCAUCUGCAAAAUUAGUUUGUUUAGCGUUACGGUCCAUGACGACCUUAAUUAUGACAUGUUCAUACAUCACACCUAUAAAUGUUUUGUUAUUUUCAGAAUAUAUACUACCUAAAAUUACGAGUUUGUUACUAGUUAAGGCUGAUUAUCAACCACAGAAAUUCAUUAGUUCAACAAUUGCUAUAUGUAUACCUUUUUUAGCUACAUCUGCAAAAAAAUUCUGGUCAAUGUCCAAAGCAUUCACCACAAGUAAUAUAUCAAAUACCUCACAGAUUGCAAUACCCACAAUACAAAUCACAAAAGAUCAAUUAGAUCAAAAAUUUAAAGAUAUAGCAAUAUCCCUAUUAACAGACCAAGCUUCUUCCGUCAAAAUAAGCUUACUUGAAAACAUUUUACCCCUUUGUCAAUUUUUUGGUAGAGAUAAAACGAAUGAUAUUAUAUUACCACAUUUAAUUUCAUAUUUGAAUGAUCCUGACCCAAAUUUAAGAUUAGCAUUCCUUUCAUCUAUUUUGAAAAUUGGUCCCUAUAUUGGUGUAUUUUCAUUUGAACAAUAUUUAUUACCACUACUACUUCAAACCUUAAAUGAAAGAGAUCAGUUUGUUGCUUUAAAAGUACUUGAAAUAUUUAAUGCAUUUGUACUGCAAAAAUUGAUAAACUCAAAAUUGGAGUUCAACGCAUUGGAAAUUUAUUCAGAGUUGUUAUCAAAUUCCAUUUGUUUAUUAUUACAUCCUAAUGAAUGGAUACGGCAGUCGGUUAUCAAUUUGAUUAUUUCAAUAAGUCGAAACUUGGAUGAUGCUGAUAAGUACUGUUUCUUAUAUCCAAUAAUUAAAAGUUUUUUACAAUACGAUAUAUUUGAGAUUAAAUGGAGUUCCUUAUACCCAAGUAUAGCAAGACAAUUGAAUAAACAAAUUUUUGAUUUGGCUACUACAUGGGCUACGAAAUCAACUAAUAAAUCCUUAUUUUGGCAAAAUAAAAGAAAUACCAAAGCUAUUCCAUUGAAUGCAAUGGGAAAAUCCGUGUAUUUACCUAAAUUUUCUGAAGCUUCUUACAAAAGUAAAGAAAAUUCACCAUUAAGUCCUGAAGAUAAACAAUGGUUACUCAAACUAAAGUCGGUCGGAUUUGAUGACAAAUGGUUAUGGAAAAUUUUUGUCUUGAAAGACUAUAUUCAGCAUAUUAGCAAAGUCCCACCAUUACCCUCAACUUCAUUUGAACAAAUAUUGAUAGCACCAAGAACCUAUUUUUUGGAUGUAAUUUAUAAAUUUGAAAAAUUGACUCCGUUAAAUGGAGUAAGGAAUGAAAAUUUCGUGGUAAAGCAAGAGGAUUCGGUGUCCUUGAAAAGCCUUGAAUUGAAUCUUCACAAUUCAUUGAUCUUGCCUAACUUGGAGAGAGUGACAGCUUCGGUGCAAACAAUAGAAGCUAAUAUAUUUGGUGAAAUGGAGUCAAGUAAUGGGAGUAAGCCAGCAAGAGCUUUGGCCAAUAAUUCUAACACUUUGCAUAAAACCUUCAAGACUGGUAAUUCAAGCUCCAAGGUUAUUACUUGUUUAUUCACACACACAUAUGAUGGGGAAAAUCCAUUCAUCAUAAAUCAUUUACAGAAUUUAUCAUUAAUUCCAACUCUCACAGAUUUUCCUGAAUUCGGAAGACUUGUGAAAUCGAAAACUAUAGAAACAUCUACAACAUUGAAUGAAAUAAACGUCCAUAGAACAAGUGAAGAAGUGGACUCAAUUACGUGCAUGUCUGUUUCAAUUACUUCUGAAUUUUUCGUCACUGGUUCAGAAAAUGGUUUUCUAAAAAUAUGGGAUAUUUCCAAGUUGGAACAAAUUAACAGGUUUAAAAAUGCAGAACAAUCACUAAAAUUAAACACAAAGAUUACAACAAUCACAUUUUUACAUGAUCGAUUGUGUAUCAUUGUCUCCACAAAAGAUGGUAUUUUAAGAGUUUUCAGAAUCGAUGUUAGUAGAAACAAAAAUAGAAAGAUAGUGAAAUAUUUGAAACCUGUAUUAAUACGUGAGGCUCAUACAAGUACCAUAAUUACUAAUGUUUUGAACAAUGAUAAUUACAUAUUUGUUGUUGAUCUUCAACUGAAAAUUAAUGUUUUUGAUGUCACGACUAUGGAAAAAUUAUUUGUUUUGCAAAAUCCCUUAUCGUUUGGAGUGAUAACCUCAUUUAUAACAGGAAGCAAUAAAAUCAGUUGGAUUUUAGUCGCAACUAAAUUGGGAAUUUUAACAUUGUGGGAUUUAAGGUUCAAAAUUCUUUUAAAAUCUUUUCAAAUUCAAAUCGAAUCCAAUGGUCACGUAUCUGUAAUUAACGAAAUAGAUAAACUUGAAAUGAUUGAAAAUAAAUCAAUCGUAUCUCGAGAUAAUCAAUUGAUAUCCAUCAAAAUUGAAAAACUAUCUAUGACAAUAAUUUUCGAAGUUGCAUCCUUAGAUUGUAAAAAGAUUAUUCAAAACAAUUCAGUCCAAAGUUAUAAAUGUAAAUUGGUUGAAAUUGAUAGUAAGAAAAUGGAUAUCGAUGAAAUGAUCGAUAAUUUGAGUUUAGGUUAA